AUGACUGGAAACAAGCCUAGUAGCAGGCCUGUGGAUCGGUAUUAUUCCAAAGUGUGCUGCUGUUUGGUUGGAAUCCUUCUUAUUUCUUCUGCAAAUCUUUUCUUUUUCCUGGAACACAACAAACAUUUGAAUGGUACUACUAGUGAGGGAGGAGCCGUCUCUGAAGGUCCCAGCACUCACAUGAUAGACCAUGGGAAAACAAAACGGUGGAAUCGAGCCAUGGUCGAAGCCAAGGAAAUGCUGGCAGCUCAUGGAGAAGAGGCGGAAUGUUUGCAUCCCAAGGUGCAAGAGAGCAAGAAAUUGUUGAAGCAGUUCCAAGGCAAUCGACGACCUUCCAAGCCUUAUUUGAAUAUGGGAUUCCCCAAAUGCGGAAGCUCGACUCUCUUUGAUUUCUUUGCAUGUCUGGGAUAUCGAGCGACCCAUUUUACCAACAAUUCGCUGGCGGGGGAUUUUGAAGGCAUUUGCAUGCGUGACGCCGUGGCCAAUGGCUUACGACCACUUGAGACGUGUGCACGAGGGGUGGAUGCCAUUCUACAAAUGGAUGUGGAAUAUCCCUUGGGGAUUGACGGAUACUUUCACAAGCCAUUUCGAGACGAAUGUUUCUUUCCCCAAUUUUCAUUGUUGGAAGAACUCCAUCAAGAGGCACCGGCAUCCACAUUUUUACUGACUUUUCGACCUAUUCAUGAUUGGAUCACGUCCAUCUCGGGUUGGGGUUCCACAGUCAUGUUGAAUCGCUUCCAGUUGUGCGACUUUCCAAACUUGCCACGAGGCAUCCCAACUGACUUGGGAAACAAGACCCAAGUUGUUGGUCAAAUGACGGAAUUUUGGUGCAGCCAUGUCCAACAUGUACGGAAUUUUGUCAAGGAAUAUCCUUCCCAUACACUGAUUGAAACGAGUUUGUACGAUAAUUUGCAAUCCGCUCAAAUCAUGUACGGUUUGUUCCCCACCAAAGUUGAUGCCAAUAAUACUUCGGAGCCAAUAACUACCGAACUUUCCAAUGGCUGUUGGGGACAUUCCAAUGAGAAUCGACCAAAGCAAUGGUUAAGGAGAAGAAAGGGAAAACAAGGAAGGAAUUGGCUUCAGAAGGAGCAACAAAGACAGCAGGAGUAG